UAUCUUUCCUUAGGCUAGCCAGUCAGUCGUCAGUCAGUCAGUCAGUCAGCCACUUUUCCACUUCCACAGCACAGGCCACCUUUCGGUUUCCACUUUCCACUUUCCUGUUUCCAGCACUGUAGCACAGAGACUGACACAACGACGGAAUUUCAGAUUGUCGACUUGUGAACCGGUGCUACACAUCCCCGUAAAUCGAGAUGUUUUUGAAGCCAUUUCGUGUUAAAACUCAGACUUCAGUCAAAAGUUCAGACAGAAAAAAACUGCGAAGUGACAUCUUGAAUCAGUACCCUUGCUUAACUGAACAAGAUGUUGCUACUCUUGUUCCAAAUAAGGAAGAAAUGAGUGCGACGAAAAUCUGCACAAGUGGUGAUGACAAUGUGCUGGUGUACUCUGUUGCAAAGAAUCCAAUCUUCUAUGAUAUAUUCAAGAGACUUUAUCCAACAGUAUACACUCUUUGGCAGUUUCCUGAAAUGCUACCAACAUUUCGAACAUGGCCGCCUGUAUUUUCAAAACUCCAGAAGGGAGCUGACUUGAUGCUCCCAGGUGUCAUCCCAGAUAAACGUCCAUCCCCAAAGAUGUUUGGAAAUCUUCAGAAAGGUGAUCUGGUCACCGUCACUGUGGCAGGAAACAAGGCACCAGUGGCUUUGGGCAAAGCUCUACUGAGUGGUGAAGAUAUGUACAUGUCAGCCUUGAGAGGCAAAGGGGUCAGUGUUCUGCACAUUGCGGGAGACACACUGUGGGAAUUUGGAGACAAGUCAAACCCGCCAUGUAUUCCGGAACCUGUACCCAAAUCAGGUGAAGAUGACGAUGGUGACAAUAAAGAAGGAAAUCCUAAUGAAGCAGUCGGAGCAAGUGUCGUGGCUGAUUUAGAAAACGUUAAGCUUGAGGGUGAUCCCACGGAGUCAGUCCAAGGUACUUCUGAUGCUACAGAAGUUGAUGACCAAAGUUCAUUAGGAGCUGCAUUGAUGGAAGGAAAGGAUGAAGGAGGGAGUGAUGAGGAAGAAGAUGAAGAAGAGCAAAGAGAUCCUGUUGCUGAAAUGGAUGAACGUCUUCAUUUCUGCUUUGCUUGUGCUAUCAAGGGGAGAGUGAAAAAGAGUGAACUGCCAGUACUAACAGGGAACUUUCUUCGAAACUACAUGCAGCCAUUCAGUGCUGACAAACAGUUGGAUAUAAAAAAGUCUACCUUUAAAAAGUUUUCAAAAUUUUUGCAGUUGAAAGUGAAAGAAGGUUAUAUAUGUAUGAAGGAGCAAAGCAAGGGAGUGGAUGUGAUUACAGAGAUCGACAAGUCUCAUUUAGGACUUCGAGACAUUGAGGUCCCUGAGGUUGUGGAGGCAGCUGUCGCUGGAAAAGGAGAGCAGACAGAGGAGGAGACAUUCACACCACUUUCUUUUACUGAUGUGUACUGCAUAAAUGCAGCAACUCAGGACAUCUUUAAAGAAGAAGGGUUCUCGAAAGGUGAUGCUUUGAUAGUUGCAGAUGUCCGUCAGUGUGUCACGAAUUACAUCAGGAACAACAACCUACACAGAGAGGAUGACAAGAAGCAGGUCACCCUGGAUCCUGUGCUAGCUCACAUUAUCUUAAAGCCAGCUGAGGGGGAUCUGGAUCAUAUGAAUUGGGAGCAAGUCAUUAACAGGGUGAUGGGCAAGAUGCAGCAAGCCACUGCCAUCAUCUCUGGCUCUGGCCCUCCAACCAUCAAGAAGGGAAAACUGGACCCGAUCAAGCUAGACGUGGCCAUGAGAGCUUCCCAAAAGAAGGUGACUGUAGUGGACAACCUGGAAGAUUAUGGCAUUGAUGUCAAGGUGUUCUCCCGACUGGUGCAGCGUUCGUUGGCCUGUAGCUGCUCGGUGGCCCCGUCAGAACAGAAGAAUAAAGGUCCCCAGGUGUUGAUACAGGGCAAUCAGAUCAACUUUGUGGCCAAUGUACUCAUAGAUAAAUACAAGAUACCAAGACGAUAUGUGACAGGACUAGAUAAUGCUCCAAAGCAAAAGAAAAAAAGAUGAUUCUAAAUUUUUGGAUGGAAGGGAGUGGACUCUUGUUUUUAAAAAAAAAAUAAAUGGAAGGUGAAAUAGGUUAGAAAGGUAAAAUUGUAUAAAUUUGUAGAAUUUGAAAAAAUGGAACUGAUGUAACUAAAAAAAAGAAAAAGAAAAAAAGUAUCAUGAUGAUGGGUGAUGGUAAGAUUUUUAGGAAAAAAAAAA